AUGGCCUCGCAACGCAGUCACGGUGUGGAAAGAGUUUUGUCAAAAUUAGAAUCGUCUAUAAAUGCCGGAAAUUAUUAUGAAGCCCAUCAAAUGUAUAGAACGUUGUACUUCAGGUACCUCGGACAGAGAAAGUACGCCGAAUUAUUGCAAUUACUUUAUAAAGGAGCGAUCCUCCUCACACAGCAUAGUCAGUUUACAAGUGGGGCAGAUCUGGGAAUUUUAUUUAUUGAUGUAUUAACAAAGGCAGUACCUAAUCCUUCGCAGUGCCAUUUCAAACAAAUUGUAAAUUUGCUUAGUAUAAUGAGUCCUUCUACUCCAGAAAGAGAAACCUUUCUCCACGAAGCUCUCCGAUGGAGUGUAAAAGGAACCAAUUAUAAGACAGGUCAUCCCGAAUUGCAUCAGAAAAUAGCACAAGUCUUUUGGAGAGAGAAAAACUACGCGAUGGCUAGGCAACACUUUUUGUACAGUAAAGACGGCGCCGGAUAUGCCGAAAUGCUAGUCGAACUUCAUGAGCAAAGAGGAUAUUCUAAUGAAAUUGACCUCUUCAUAGCUCAAGCAGUUUUACAAUACCUCUGUUUGGAAAACAAAGCAACCGCACAGGAAGCUUUUGAUUCCUACACUUCCCUACAUCCAAAAAUAAAAAACGGCCCGCCCUACAUUCAACCGCUCCUGAACUUUUUAUUUUUUCUACUGAAAACAAUCGACUCAGGUAAAGUAGCUGUAUUCACGAUUCUUUGCGAGCAAUAUCGGAUAAGUAUAAAUCGAGAUCCCUGCUACGAGCAGUACUUGGAUAAAAUAGGACAACUUUUCUUUAACGUUCCGCCACCUCGUCCUCGUAACCAGGGACUCUUCGGCUCUCUUCUCCAGUCCUUUUUCGAUGGUCUUGGCGACGACGAUUUCAGUAUGGAGGAACAAAAUGUAGCCUCGACCUCCCAAGCUUCCCAGGAACUCGACUGAUUGUCAGCUUUUCGCUCCUGCUCUGCCUGAUGUCAAUCGUCAGGAAAACUCAAUCGAAUGUACCUUCGCCCCAGAUCAUUUCAGCAAGUGCACUUAUGGAGUUGAAAAUGGGCAAAAAAGGAACCUAGAGGCUGGAAUAAUUGCGGAUUCUAUCGACGUUUUCCUUUAAAAAACGAAAAAAAAAAAAAAA